UCAACAUUAUUAGUGGUGUAAAGUCAGCUGAUUGUUUGUGGGGGGAGUGGCUGUCUACACCUUCAUGACUCACUAAUCAGUAUGUCUAUAUGCAGCAGUGGUUUACUGUUGUCAGUAGUAGUGUUGCCCAAGAACAUCACACAUCCCCAGGCACUAUGGAAUCCACGUCUCCAGCUCGCAGCAUUUACACCCAACAUUUCCUACUAAUCGCUGCAUCUCUUUUAGCGUCACCUGGGACCUCAGAAGCAGUGACACCUGUGUCCAGUUUACACAUAUCCACGUUACUUCGUGAGAGCAACCUCACUUCCACCUGUAAAUUUGAAACUCAUGAUUUGAAAUUUGUUGAUUAUCAAACUAAAAAUUUGAGUCUCUUGGUCACUGGCAAUAAUGAAAAAGAAGUGACACUUAUGUUUCACAUUGAAGUUGACAUACUAAAGCAAAUACCUAACAUCACUCUUAAUCCUGGGGAAAAAAAUGAAUCAUACAGUUUAGUUUUGGAGGCCACAAGUGUAGGACACACAGUUGUGGUAGUUAAUGCAAGUCCAGUAAACAUGACUGAUGUGUCGGAUGCAUUUGUGCGAGUGUCUGUAUCACACAGUGAAGACCUGGACUACUUCAGCGAUGUGGUCGGGUGGAUUUACUUCACGGCCUGGUCUGUGUCUUUCUACCCACAAACUUAUAGCAACUGGCGAAGGAAGAGUGUGAUUGGACUUCACUUUGACUAUUUGUCAUUGAACAUUGUGGGAUUCUUCCUGUACAGUGUAUUUAAUGUUUGUUUAUACUGGACUGCAGCAAUACAAGACCAAUAUUUCCACAGGCACCCCUUUGGUGUGAACCCAGUGCAACUGAAUGAUGUCCUCUUCUCACUUCAUGCCUUCUUUGCAUGCAGUAUCCAAGUGUUUCAGUGUUGCGUUUAUGAACGUGGAGAUCAACAGAUAUCAAAGACCGCAAAGACAAUCCUAGCUGCGGUCAUAUUACUUUCACUGGUGAUGGUCAUCGUGAGCUCUGCCGCGGCGGUGCAGUGGUUGGAUUUCCUCUACUUCGUCUCCUAUGUCAAGCUUUUCAUCACUCUUAUCAAAUACAUUCCACAGGCCUACUACAACUACAGAAGAAAGAGCACUUCUGGCUGGAGUAUUGGUAACAUUCUCCUAGACUUCACAGGAGGAACACUCUCAGUAGCUCAGAUGUUUAUUAUUGCAUACAACUACAAUGAUUGGGGAUCCAUAUUUGGGGAUCCAACUAAAUUUGGACUUGGCCUGUUCUCGGUUAUAUUUGAUAUUUUCUUCAUGAUUCAGCAUUAUGUAUUGUAUCGUGGCAAUGAGGGUUACCAGCGUGAUUUAAAUUCACCACAGCCUACCCACAGCAGCUCUCUUACAGAGUCUGUAUCUUCUGUUGAUUAUGGAGCAAUUGGUAAUAUUCAUUAAUUUCUUCCCAGUCUAUUAAAAUUAAUACAGUAUACAGUACAGUAUUUACUUUUAGCCAUUAAAACAUUACAGUAAUUAUAUUUGUUAAAUGUUUCACAGUUCCAUAUUUUCACAAAUAUACAUGUAUGUACCAAGAUAAAGAAAGGUUUUCAUUUUAUAUAUGCUUAGUUCAGCACUUGUCUGCAUCUUUGUUAACAGUAUAGUACAGUAUUACUUCUCAUAAUGAGCAAUGAGGCCUAUGGAACCAAAUCUACAUUAUUAGACAUCACCAUUAUUCCUUUAGCUGAAUAAAAUUGUCUGGUGUUAGUCAGAAUAAAAUACCUAAGGGAUUCUUUACCCUCUAAAGGGUUAAAUAUAUAUUUAAACAACCCAUUCUCAUGUGUCAACCCUAAGUAAAAUGGCUGGAAUAUAAUAGGAUAUACAAUUUUUUUUUUCAGAAAGUUUCUCUUAUAUUAAUUGCAUACAGUAAUUUUAUAUGAUAGUAAGAAGUGUGGCAGUUGAGCAGUUCACCCAGCUGUAAAUGGGUACCUAAGUUUACAACUUGGUUGAGGUGAAUCAGUUGAGUGCAGUACCGGCCGUGCUGCCCCGUGUACUGAAAGUUUAAUUCUGUAUACUGUAUCCACACUCACCCUAAUGGGCAGUCAUACCUAUUGGAUCAAUUUUCACCUUUUUUUUUCAUAUGACAUUAGGGCAUGUGAUAAUAACUACUGGUAACUAUUAAACUUGAUUUUGUAAAGCUAGUAUAAAACUUAUUUUACAAAUAUGUUUUGUAUAGUUAUUACAUGUAUGAGCUACCUCUAUAAAAUAUUAAUCCACAAACCAAAACCUUAAAGGAUUGUAAAUUUUCCUUCGGCUCUUUAGCUCCAAACUUUGCUAAAGACUUGCUGUGAGAGAAUGUACUUUUAUAAAGUCACUUUUAAGAAACUAUAGGAUCACUAUUAGUGAAAACAGCCCAAGAACGUUUAGCAAGGAUGACUGUGGGUGCAAGUCCUCAGAUAUAAUCAGUCUCUUAAACUUUUGUCAGUGUUUUUCAGCACUGACUCAGUGUGGAUGUUUGAGGCUUUAUUUUUCAUUUUAAUAACUAAAUAGUGUCACAAGUAAAGAUGAAAAUUAUGGAGCUAAUUGUUUGAAAAUAUUGAUGAAAUAUGCAGUAUGCAUAUAUAUUUAUUUAUGUAUUGAUUUAAUUUUUCAUUAGUUACAGUGCUUUUGUGGUCAUUUUACCACCAUAAACUGAACAACAAAAUUUACUAAAUAAAUUUUACUUUAGCAUAU